GGUCUUUUUUCUUCAGAUCAAGCAUUGCUAAUCAAACUUCCACAACAGAGGAAGAAGAACCGAUGGAAACAACAGUUACUGGAAAUAGCACCGAUGGUGUGAAUAUUAAGUGUACGUUUACAGUUGCCAAACUGAAUGCUAGCAAAAUUUCCUCAGCCAGGACUACAGAGAAUAUCACCUAUUCUGUCGUCAUUGGGAGUGGAAAUGUAGAAAAUGGUAAGCUUGCAAGCUUUACACCUGGUAAUCAGUCAAUGCCCAUAGAUCUAGCUACCUUCCUAUCAAACUCCCCAACAACCUCCUCUACAACUUCCCCUACAAACUCCCCAACAAACUCCUCUACAACUUCCCCUACAAAAUCCCCAACAACCUCCUCUACAACUUCCCCUACAAAAUCCCCAACAAACUCCACAGCAGCACCAAAUGGGGCCAACCGUCCUGUCUUCUCUAAUGCUGUGCUGCCUCUGCUGAGCUUCCUCACCUUGUCCCUCCUGAAGUUCGCCUGAUAGAGAGCAGAAACAAAGCUGGUAUAAACAAAGACACAGUGAAGGAAGCUGAUUUAAACCAGCAGAAACUGAGUGCCAUAUGUUUUUUUAUUGUUUUCAAAAUAUUUGCAUCAUAUUCUCUCAUUAUAUAUCCCAUGUUGUUUUGAAAAUCAUUUUAUGAUUUAAAGCAUAAUUUUAUGGAGUGAAUAUAUCUGUUAGAACAGUAGUUUUAAAUGGUUAAACUGUAAAUAACUUUAAAUGCCUUUAUUACCAUGUGGAAUGUGAGCAGGUCUUGUCUGUUUUGUUAAAUCUGUCAUCCAGCAUUCUUCAAGGGGAGCCCAUCCCAGGAUUGGCAUGUUUUUAAAAGUAUCUGUCGGUUAGUGAUAUAACAAGACGAACUCACUUUACAGAAAAUACAAACUGAGAGAUUUGAUGUGUUGCUUGUGGUGGAUCUACUUUCUGAAUUUCGUUGUCAGCUUAUCCCCUCCUUUUUAUAAGUCAACAGGUUUUUCUGAGUGUAUGGCAGGAGGUGAAAGAUUAUUAAACACUGAUAAUAUAAGGCCAAGGGCCAUUUUGAUAAAGCAGAUAAUGAACAGACAGCACACACUUAUGCAGAUUGUUCUUCCUAACAAAAUGUAAUAAAGAGGCAUGAAACAUUUAACUGGGAAAAGUGGAAAAAUAUGGGGAAAAUGUUGAUAACUUACCGUCUGUUUUUACUCUUUUUGACAAUAAAGAGUUUGAACCUAAA